UUGUUCAAGAUGAUUUAAUUGAAGGUGUUAUUGCUAAAAAUAAUAUUAGAUUUGUUGCUGGGAAUGCUGGAAUUACAAGAUCCGCGUUCAAGUAUUGCAGACAUAAAUGCAUUUUUGUUCUAGAAGUUCUUAAGACUGUAGAUGAUAUUGUUGUAUUAUACAAGCCUUUCAAACACAAUAAAGAUGCCUUUUUAACUAAAACGCCCGUUUUAACCAUUGCCUGGUUUGGUAACAAUAAAAAAUUAGCAUUAUUUCGUGCUUAUUAUGAAUUGUCUACAAAUGAUGCUAUUGAACUAGGUAGAUGUUUAAUUUAUCAUGCUACUUAUAGAGAUGCUGCUUCUAGUGGCUUUGUUAGAAGUACAUAUAUAAUUCAAAGUGUUUAUCAUGUUAAAGAACAAGGUUGGGAAUUUAUUGGCUUGUAUGAUGUUGGUAAUUUACAUUGGGAAUAUCAUAGAUUAUAA